CCCUUACGAUGUCUGCAGUUCAGUUCGCUAGCGAAUCUAGAUUCACAAUUUGCCAUUCGGUGGUUUUGUGUGGUGGUUUGUAAAGAUGUGUAGUACUUCUCUCCAGUGCCUUACUUUUAGCAAAAUGUUGGAACAAUCCGCAUGUUUUCGUUUUCUAUAAAUAUAUUCAUGAAUAGGAAAUGUCAGGAAUUAUGUGUGGCAGGUUGAUUUCGAUACUUGGAAUGAAAAAAGAUCCCUAUUGAAAAUCAUGAUAUUUUCUGACAGAAAAACCUUCGGGAUAGACUCAAAUUUUGUAAUUAUUCCCGGAGGACAUUUGAAAAAAUACCUCAUCUUGAUUAUCAUUGCUGUGAUUUUUUUAUAUAUGGCCCAUACAGGUCAUUGGCAGAAGACUGAAAUGAUUCGGAUAGGACAAGUGAUAAUGACACAAAUACCACAAAAUAUCAACUAUUUAAUAAAUACUUCCAAAUGCCGAAUACCAGAUGCCGACCCGUUCAGCGAAGAUAUUAUACAAUACAUUUCCCAGGAAAAAUAUGAACCUUGUACCAAAUUGGGACUAUUGACGUACAUCGAUAAAAGUAAUGGAAUGGUCCGGUUAAGAAUAAAUUCGAGCCUUUUGUCUGAGUAUAGUUCAAUGAAAAUCACUUGUUGUUAUUCGAACAUAACAAGAAUUAAUUACGUCAAGGCAGUCGACAAUGAAAUAAAGCUCACCCCAUGCACACCAAUCCAAAAAGAGGUUAACCUCACUUUCCCGUUCGUCAAGGUCGUAUGCUCCAACAUAUUGAAAAACGUUUACACAAAUGUCCAUGCCACAACUUUACCGACCCCAAGAAAGGUGCCCGACGUUUCCAGUGAGAAGAAAUACAGUAUAUUACUAGUCGGCAUAGACAGUAUGUCAAAAUCGAAUUUGAGACGUACAAUGCCAAAAACUUACCAAUACUUGAAUCAAAACUAUAUAAGUCUGAAAGGCUACAACAAAAUUGGCGACAACACGUUUCCUAAUCUGAUGGCCCUCCUGACUGGAUACUCGGUAGCGCAACUGCAGACUUUCUGCUCCACGAAAGUGAAAAUGAACCACUGCCGCUUCGUCUGGGACGCGUUCCGAGCCUCGGGGUACACCACAGCGUACGCCGAGGACGAAUGCGCCAUCAGCACAUUCAAUUACGACAGGCCAGGUUUUCAAGAUCCACCCACGGAUUUCUACUACCACCCCUACUUUCUUGCAUCGGAAACUUUGCCUACGAAGAAGAGGUAUGAUAUGACGUUCUGUUCCGGACCGGAGACUUCUGCAGAAAGGAUGUUGAAUAUUGCCAAAGAUUUCGUUGUUAGCUUUAAACAAGUGCCUAAUUUCGGGUUGUUUUGGAUGAACAGCUUCAGCCACGAUAAUGUGAAUCUACCUUCUGCCAUGGAUGAAGCUGUGCUGGGUUUUUUGAGCGACGGUGACCUAGUCUCGUCCUUGCACAACACAAUUGUGCUGGUUUUCAGCGACCACGGCUUCAGAUUCGGGGAUAUUAGGUACACCCACUCGGGUUGGCUGGAAGAAAGGCUUCCGUUCAUAUAUAUUUAUAUUCCAGAUGAUUUCAGGAAGCGUUUUCCAGAGAAGUACAGCAACUUUCUAGUGAAUACGGAGAGACUAACUACACCGUAUGACGUGUUCAACACUUUCCAGGACAUCCUGGAAAUCGGUAACAGUAGCUACGUGGCCGCAAGAAGUCAUGGUUGCCCGAAUUGCCGCUCUCUAUUCCAGGAACUGCCAGAGAAUCGAACGUGCCAUGACGUCUCGAUAGACCAACAUUGGUGCACUUGCAACGGACACCACUACGUAAAUUCCAACGGUACUUUGGUGAGAUUGAUCGGAGAGUUUAUCGUUGACGAGGUCAACAAAUUAAAAAACACCUUCAAAGAAAAGUGGUUCUGCGCCAAUUUUGCCGUGAAGAAAAUUAAAUCAGCUGGCAUGUCCGAUUCUUACGUCAACGACCGAAAUGAAACUGUUCGAUACUUCUUGGUGAUAGUUGCGACAGACCCCAAAGCGAUUUUUGAGGCCACCGUGGAGGUCCAUUCGAGGAAUGGAGUUGAUGAAUUCCGGCUGCUCGGCGACAUAAGCCGACUAGAUAGGUACGCCGAGGUAACUCGUUGCAUCAAAAAUGGUACCUUGAGAAAAUAUUGUUUCUGUGAUGGAUGUAUAAAAAGUGCCAUUAGAUAUUUGAUUGGUUAGAAUAUUUUUAUGACUGUUGGUCUGAAAUAGGCGUUUAGAAAGAUACAAAUUCCGUCUAUGAAUCCAGUAUGAAUAAAUUGAUAUGUUGAAUUGUA